AUGACACCUUCGAAGUCCACCAGCCGAGCGCCGGCGCUUUUUAUCUCUCAUGGCGGAGGCCCGUUUCCCGUCUUCCUCAAGGACCAUGAAUCAUACCGCCAGAUGCUUCGCGACCAAGCUCGAUACUUUGACGACGUGCGCGGCAUUAUUCUCCUGACAGCGCACUGGGAAACAAACCAACCCCACAUCACAAACUCUGACAAUCCAGAGAUCUUCUACGACUACGAUGUCGCUGAUAUGCGAACAAAGCUCCCCGAGGAGGCUUUCCAGAUUGAAUACAAAGGCAAGGGAGACUCAGAGCUAGCCAGCUCCAUUGCUCAGCGUCUCCGUACUGCCGGUUUCGAUCCUGUAGUUGAGAAUCGUGCAUGGGAUCACGGCGUGUGGGUUCCGUUGGGUAUUAUGUUCCCAGACGGCAACAUUCCAAUUGUGCAGAUGUCCAUAAUGAGUGGAAACAGUGAGCAAGAUGUGACUGAGAAGAACAUCCGUCUUGGAGAGGCGCUUGAGGAAUUUCGUGAUCAAGGAUUUGCCGUCGUAGGAAGCGGUGGAUCGUGCCACGACUUUUCGGUGGUUGGCGCCGCCUACUUCGAUCCCGAGGACAAAUUGCCGUGGCCAUCAAGAGACAUCCAGCUGUUUGAAGAUUUUCUUCGGGAUGGCGCGCAGAUCAGAGACCAGGGAGAGCGAAUGACGUUUAUUCGCGGAUGGCCUGAGGCUCCUGGUAGACGUUUAGCCCAUGUGACUGGUAGUGUGGAGCAUCUGAUGCCGUAUAUUGCUGUUGCUGCUAGUGGUGGUAAUGACUCAGGCAGAAUGGUUGGCCAGUGGGAUUUUAAGGGAACGCCUUAUGGAUUGUAUAUCUGGGAGUCUGAACGCUCUUAA